GUGACUAGUCAGUGCUAACUGCAUUCAAUAGUUGCGAAAAUGGCCAUCAUGUUGGUUCAUAUUUCUGCUGCAUGCUUUAUUGUUGCUUCUGCUGCAACAAUUCCAACAGUUAAAGUUCUACAAGGACCUGGAAGUAAAACCACUGUUUACGGUCCUGAUGGAAGCACGCUGCAGUCUGUUUUUCCCGGCGGCACUCUUACUACAGCUGCUGAAAAUCCAGGGUUGGUAGCAGCAGGACCAGCCAAUUUACCAUCAUCCCACGAAGUCGUAGUAGGUGGAGGUGUUGCUGGAAAAAUUGUAACUGCUUACACUUUGGCUGGACCUGCAUUAGUGCCGGCAGUACCUGUUGGUGCUAUUGGUUCUUCAGUUCUGGCGGAUUCACUGCUUGCUGGAGUUAGUGCUCCUUUGGAACAUUUCGAAAUAGGGGAAGGUUUACAUGAUGACGGAUCGUAUAGACCAGGAAAAUAUGAAUAGUCAGAUCGUGACUGAUUCUUGAUGGUUGAUAUGCUUCAUUUUGAGUCUAAUUAAUUAACAUUAAUUAAUAGGGAUUGUUAUAAAAAUUCAGCUAAUAUUAAGAUUAUCCAGUUAACAUCUUCCAUUUGUACAUUUUCAUAUCAAUCAUAUUCAUUGAGCGACCAUCGCUUGUUCAAAUUUGCUGUGUAUUUGAUGGUACCGUCUGCAUUAAAUACGAAUUUUUAUGACUAAUCUUCAAAGUUUUAGUCUGUUUUAACACUUUUUAUGAUUUGGAAGAUUGGUACUUUCAGUCUAUAUUCAUCCUUCUUUAUACAUAUAGUGAUUUGAUGAUAAUAUUUGAACUAAAUAUUUUAUUUUAUUGAUUCAAAUUAUCUUAUACAAAAUUAGCAGAAAAUCGUGCGUUGGUGUAAUUGUAUUUAUUUAUUUAUUUACCUAUUGACAACGUUUUUUGACGGGUUUUAAAAUUAUGUGUGUAACAAACCACAAUUCCAAUCCAAUCGAACAGCAGGAGAAUCAAGGAAAAAAAUAUUGUUUAAAUAUUUAUUCUUAUUUAAGACUUUAUUGCCAAUUUUCCUUUGAAGCCGCGAUAGAUGUUAUAUUCCCUUGGCCAUUGCUAAUGGUUCUUGUAGAAAACAAUAAUCACUCAACUAUAAUAUUCAUAAUUGUCAGUUAAUUCUUUGUUAGCAAUGCCGUUCUUUCUCUUAUGUACGUUCUUGUAUCAGAGUUUAGGUCCUUACAGAUAUGCCAGCCAAUAAACAAAUCUAUCUAAUAUCAAUCUGAUUAUUUUACAAUAAAGAAAAUAUCUGAACCUUCUAAAAAUAGAUAUUAAGGAACCCGUUUUUUCGAUAAAUAAGUAAAUAGUUGAUGCUUUCGAUUGUGAUAAAUAUUUCUUCUUCAUAGUAAAACGUAAUAUCAACUUACAUUUUGAAUCAAAUGCAUGAGAAAACCUUACAUCAUUUUAGUCACGUUGCAAACAAAUGUAUAUUGCACCUAGAUUAUGGUCGUAACAGCGUCUCAUUCACAUGUGAUUGUUUCGAUAUUAUUGGGUUAUUAAUCUGACUUUACUCUCUAAUGUCUCUGAAAUUCACUGACCAACCAAACAUCUGAGAAAUAGGCAUUCAUGUAUGUUAGAGCUCUUUUACACGUUCGAAAAUGUCCUCGGAUGGCGCUCUAAAGUUCGAGGAUAAUUCUCGAUGUAACGUUUACAUUACAAUUUCUACAAGAAAAAUUUUACUGACUUUUAUGCUUACUUUUCCAUUACUGAAAUUUAAAAAAAAAGAAGAAAAGCAUCAACGUACCAAUCCUAAAAGUUUUCUUUCUAGUUUUUAUCGAGGCCUUAAACUUGGAACAUCGGAUGAGCUUUUAAGGCUAGUCAUUAGAAUGUGUUUUAACUUGCAAGAUUUUCUUGAUAGGCUAACAUUUGUAAUCUUAGAACUGUAAUUAAUUUACCUGAUUGAAACCGAUUUUAGUGCGUUCUUCGGAUUUUACUUCGUCUGUUCAAUUCUGUGAACAGAUUUCUUUGAGCAAGCAACUUAGCCGCCAAUAAGCCAAACCGUAAGCUCAUAAAUGUUAUAUACCUUUAGACAGUCUAUCCAAGUAAGAUUUAUUAUUUACGUUUUUAACAAUAGUUAAUCCAUUUUCCUCUGCAAAAGCUACAACGGCUGACAUAUUAGCAUUCAUAAAAGUAUGAACAUUACUAAUAUUUAGAUGGGCUUUUUAAUUUAAACGUUUUGGCGACUUGUUAAAGAACAGGACUGCAACUGGUUCAGCUGCAUUUUUAAAUUAAGUGUCUAACUGCAGCCGAACAUUUCCAUACUACUUAGCGAUAAUAAAUAGCGAAAUGUAUUAAAUCAGUUGCGAAAAAUACAUUUUGUGCCCUGCAAGACCGGCAAAUUAUAUGCUUUUUCG